AUGACGGACACAGGGAAUGUAGAUGAUGCUGAAGUAGCACGACAAGAAGCAUUCGAUAAUAAGAUUAUGGAAGCGGCAGAAAAGGUUAUACAUACUAACCUUCCCCAGUUAGCUCAAGAAGCCGAAAGCGGUGUUUUAGGGGUAGUAGAUGCUAUGAUGACUAGUAAGAUUGAGGAGUUAAAGGAAAUGUUUGAAGGGUCUAGAAGCAAAAGUAAGGAACGAAGGUGUACAUACAAGGAUUUUAUGGCGUGCAAUCCCUCCUCGUUCAAUGGGGAGGUUGAUCCGAUAAGAUGUCAAAGGUGGAUAGCAAAUAUUGAAGCUGUGUUCAUACGUAGCCGAUGCGAGAAGGAAGAUCAAGUAAUGUUUGCUACGGGUCAGCUUCAACAACAAGCUAAGGAUUGGUGGGAUACGCAAUGUAAGGAGUUAGGAGAAGAGAAACUUCAAACGUUAACUUGGCAAGAAUUCAAGGAGUCGUUCCUGAAGUAUCAUUGCCUGCAUUCGGCAAUUGAUAGAAUACAAGAGGAAUUCUUGCGUCUUCGCCAACAAGAUGAAUCUAUUGAUGAAAUCACCAACACCUUCUUUGAUAAGCUAAAGUUUUGUGACGACUUUGUCAAGUCUGAAAGAAUGAAGAUAAAUCGGUAUCACGGCAUGUUGAAGGCUGAAUAUAGGGAAUUCAUCACUCCCUCGAAGUGUGAAACUUUGAAUGAACUUAUCAACUGGGCUCGGGAUAGAGAGAUAGAGCUGAAGCGGCAAGUAGAAAGGGGGGAUAAAAGAGCGGCUGAAAAGCCCACAACUAUGAGUCCGUCCAAGAAAUAUAAGCAGCAUGACAAUAGAAACAAAGGAGGAUCUAAAAGCAGUAUUCCUCCAUGCAAAACUUGUGGGAAGCUUCAUACUGGAGAAUGUCUAUUGGGGAAGAAGGGAUGCUACAACUGUGGUCAGGAAGGGCAUCCUUACUAUAAGUGA